CCAAUCUGGCGACGCCGCCCUGACGCGCUCAAAAGCGUAAACACGGACAGAAGCGGGAGAAGCACCGAGUGCCCCGGUGACACAUCGCAUCUUUCGCAUUCCCGCGGGUUGCGGGUCACAUCCCCGGACCGGGCGGUGUGUCAGGAUUCAGAGAUCUGGGGGUCCGGUUUCCAUUACGCGCUCUAAAAUUAGCACUGCUUUGAAACUGACGCAAGAGAACUGGGACUGGAUCACUCUGUAGCAGAGAACGAGGAUCCAUGGAAACGCGCCCUACACAUUCACCGCUAUUGAUGACAAAUAGUAUUUUUAGACUGUGUUGUCAUCAUUCGGUAACAGCGAGGCCAAAGGCGUAUUGUAUAAAGGGAGGCUGUUGAAAAUGCACUUGUACAGUAGCGCGCUAACACACUACCCUGGAUCCUCUCGAAAGGUUUCGGUGACUCUUGCCAGUGUGGUGAAUACCCCGACAGCGGCAAGGUCCAAUUCUUUGGAAGCGGCCGAUAACACCGUUAACGGGAGCGCAACAGAAGCGCGCGCUGAAUAUUUGGUCCCAGAGGAACCGACGGACGCGAAGAUGCCUGCUCUUACAUGUUACGAGGCCACUUCAAUGAGGCCGGUGUUCUACACUUCCACUGCCGAGAUGAUCAUCACUCGACCAGAUGGUGUGGAGAGAUGUGUACCUAUUCACUUCGUGAAUGAGCCACACACAAACCGUAAACCUUUGGAGACACACCACCACCGGAUUUCUUAUGCAGUCGAUGGAGAUGAUAAUGUCUAUUCUGAUUCCUUUUUGGAUUUAAAGCACCAAAGGGACGUUUUUCAGGACAAUGAUGUGACAGGUGAGCUCAAUGCAAUAAACUACGAUUGUUUUUUGGACAAAGACGAUUAUAGAGUCGGUGAGAGGCAAGAAGCGCCAUGUGUGCACAACAACCCCACAACUUUUGGAACUGUUCAGAGAUGCUCAUCUGAACCUCUUUCACCACUCCUGAACAAACCUCAACAGGAAAGCGUUGAAGAUGACAACGAAAUGACGGACGAGCCUGUCUUCGACCUGCAUAUUCUUCGGGAACCCACUGCAACGCCCAACAAAAGCGACAUUGACAACAAGGUUACCCGGUACCUGGCCGAAGUGGAUAAACAGAACAAAUACCUCCACGACAGGCAGAAAUACCGCUUUCACAUCAUCCCAGAUGGGAACUGCCUGUACCGGGCUGUAUCCAAGGCCGCUUAUGGGGACCAGUCAAUGCACAAAGACCUCCGAGAGCAAACCAUGCAUCACAUCGCAGAUCACCUGGAGGAAUUCAACCCCAUCAUCGAAGGCGACGUCGGGGAGUUUUUGAUCAAUGCAGCGCAGGACGGUGCAUGGGCUGGCUAUCCAGAGCUUUUAGCCAUGAGUCAAAUGCUGAAUGUGAAUAUCUACUUGACCACUGGGGGUAGUGUGGAAAGCCCAACUGUAUCAACCAUGGUGCACUACUUGGGAGAGGAGGACUUGUCUAAACCAGCCAUUUGGUUGAGUUGGCUCAGCAAUGGUCAUUAUGAUGUGCUGUUGGACAGGUGCCAGCCCAACCCGGAAUAUGAUGACUGGUGCCGUCACACCCAGGUACAACGUAAAAGGGACGAGGAGUUGGCCAAGACCAUGGCGGCGUCCCUAUCCAAAAUGUACAUUGAGCAGAAUGGCCUGCACUGAUGCCAAACAGAUACUUUAAUUGGAAAAUGUAUCUGGGAAUAAUGUAUAUCAUGCUGAUGGUUCCAAACGGAUUGCACUUUGAUUCCUCGUGUGAUUAAAUAUUGCCUUAAUUUAUUAAAUUUCUAUAAGAGUGUGGUCAUUUUUCAAACGUGUUGAAGUGCAGUGCACUAGAUGAUGGUGAUAUGGUAAAUAAUAUGAUGAUAUGAAAAUAAAGAUUUUUGGAUAUGAGCGAAUGUUGCAUGUGUUUCUAUAGAAUUUCAAGUCUUGCAUAUUUUAUCUGUGUACUGUUAAUAUGUAAAACAGCUUUCCACCUAAAUGAAAAGUUAAGCACUUAUGCAAACAUUACCAACAGUCUUGUCACUUUAUACGUCAUUGUUGUUCUCUGUUCUGGCUCUGAUACAUAGUAAGCUGAUGUUUUUGUCAUUUCAAGUGCCUGAAAUAUAUUUUGUAAAAGAUGUAUUUUGGAAUAAAUUCUUUAAGCAAUUUA